AUGCUCGACUGUGGAGUGGGAGUGUGCGUAAUGGGCAAAGCUCCUCAAUGUGAAUACCCCCUUGAUCGUAGUAGGGCACACUGCGAGUAUCUUGAAAGUGACUUGAAGACCUCGUUUCGGAUUGAUGUGUUGCUCAUCAGCAUAGCCAUUCUAUUCCUAGCAGUCUGUCUAGCAGUCCUUGGUGUGCUGAUGAGGUUUAUCUGCGAGAAGCUGGAUCUAAUCCAGAAAGGUGAGCAAGCAAUCCCUUUCUACACUGCACACUGGGUGGCGGCUGAACUUCACAUCAGGGAAAGAUCUUCUUAUCCGCCACCCUCUUACGACACUGGUCAAAAUCGAUCUCCUCGUAAAUCAUGGCAAAAGAGCAGCACGGAGUUUUUAGAGGAAAUUACAGUCUAG